CAGUGUUGAGACAGAUUGGUCAUUGGGGAGGAACAUUGAAUAGCCUAUUCAUAUGUUCCAGAAAUACGGAUGACAGACUUGAGCGGAGCCUUUGUAUUUAUAGCUGCAGAAGAGAUUCACAACAUCAUUGAUGCAUUGUUAAAUCUGUCAUCUCUCAAGACAUUGCAGUUUCAUGCGCGAGGGAGGCGAACUGUCAAGAAAACUACAACUUGAGAACGUUUUCAGACAGAAUCGAAUACCGUAAACAAGCGGCUCUUCAAUUUUACCGGGUAUAAUUUUCGCAUGAUACAGAGCAACGCUUAUUGCUAAACUGCCUUUAAUUUGAUAAUUUUACACCUAAAACGGCCCCUUUUAAAAAAGGUAUUCAAUGAAACGUUGCCUUCUCAUGUAUUUCUGUGCCGUUCCUCUUAUGAAUGAGAUCUGAUCAUGUAUUAUUAGAACAAUAGCCAACAGCGUCUGGAAGAAGAGCAUUUUUUCUUCUUAAAUUGUACAGUUACAGUUCUCGCUUCUGUUUCUACACUAUACUAUCAGCUACUCUGGUGGAAUCCAGCCUCAACCCUUUUCAUCUGCUGUGGAUACCCGACUGACUGCGCCGAGAUGGGGUAUGGACGGUCAGACAGCUACCGUGUGGCCACCACAACGGAGAAGGAAGAGAAGGAGUCCCCCAAGAAGGCGGACUCCAAGGCGGACAAGAAGACCAAGGACAUGGAUGAACUGAAGAAGGAAGUUCCCUUGACGGAACACAAGAUGUCCAUCGAGGAGGUAUGUCAGAAGUACGCCACUGAUAUAGUCCAGGGUCUGACCAACGCUAAGGCCGCUGAGUACCUGGCUCGAGACGGUCCCAACGCCCUCACACCUCCCCCCACCACCCCAGAGUGGGUCAAGUUCUGUCGUCAGCUGUUCGGUGGCUUCUCCAUCCUGCUGUGGACUGGCGCCAUCCUCUGUUUCUUGGCCUACGCCAUCCAAGCCGCCACCGAGGAUGAGCCCGCCGGAGACAAUUUGUACCUGGGUAUCGUUCUCUCGGCUGUGGUCAUCAUCACCGGCUGUUUCUCCUACUUCCAGGAGGCCAAGAGCUCCAAAAUCAUGGAGUCCUUCAAGAACAUGGUGCCGCAGCAAGCGCUGGUGAUCCGUGAGGGUGAGAAGAUGCAGAUCAACGCUGAGGAGGUGGUGGCUGGCGAUCUGGUAGAGGUGAAGGGAGGAGACAGGAUCCCCGCUGACCUCAGGAUCGUCUCUGCUCACGGCUGCAAGGUGGAUAACUCCUCCCUGACAGGCGAAUCAGAACCCCAGAGCAGGUCACCUGACUGUACCCAUGACAACCCCCUGGAGACCCGCAACGUCGCCUUCUUCUCCACCAACUGUGUCGAAGGCACGGCGCGUGGCAUUGUGGUGUGCACCGGUGACCGUACCGUCAUGGGCCGUAUCGCCACCCUCACCUCCGGCCUGGAGUCGGGCAAGACCCCCAUCGCCAAGGAGAUCGAGCACUUCAUUCACCUGAUCACAGGCGUGGCCGUGUUCCUGGGCAUCACCUUCUUCAUCCUGGCCGUCUGCCUGGGCUACACCUGGCUGGAGGCCGUCAUCUUCCUCAUCGGCAUCAUCGUGGCCAACGUGCCCGAGGGCCUGCUGGCUACGGUCACUGUAUGUCUGACCCUGACCGCUAAGCGUAUGGCUCGUAAGAACUGCCUGGUGAAGAACCUUGAGGCUGUGGAGACCCUGGGCUCCACCUCCACCAUCUGCUCUGAUAAGACUGGUACCCUGACCCAGAACAGGAUGACCGUGGCCCACAUGUGGUUCGACAACCAGAUCCACGAGGCCGACACCACAGAGGACCAGUCUGGCGCCUCCUUCGACAAGAGCUCGGAGACGUGGUUGGCACUGGCGCGGGUGGCGGCCCUGUGUAACCGGGCGCAGUUCAAGGCAGCUCAAGACCAGCUGCCCAUCCUGAAGAGGGACGUGGCGGGUGACGCCUCCGAGUCCGCGCUGCUGAAAUGUAUCGAGCUGUCCUGCGGCAGCGUCAGACAGAUGAGGGAGAAGAACAAGAAGGUGGCCGAGAUCCCCUUCAACUCCACCAACAAGUACCAGCUCUCUGUACAUGAGACGGAGGAUGAGAACGACAACCGCUACCUGCUGGUGAUGAAGGGAGCGCCAGAGAGGAUCCUGGACCGCUGCUCCACCAUCUUGAUCCAGGGCAAGGAGCAGCCCAUGGAGGAGGAGAUGAAGGAGGCCUUCCAGAACGCCUACAUGGAGCUGGGAGGACUGGGAGAGAGAGUACUCGGUUUCUGCCACCUGCUAAUGCCUGAGGACCAGUACCCCAAGGGCUUUGCCUUUGACUGUGACGAUGUCAACUACACCACAGAGAACCUGUGCUUCGUGGGCCUCAUGUCCAUGAUUGACCCUCCUCGUGCCGCCGUGCCUGACGCCGUGGGUAAAUGUCGCUCCGCUGGCAUCAAAGUCAUCAUGGUGACCGGCGAUCAUCCAAUCACAGCCAAGGCUAUCGCUAAGGGCGUGGGCAUCAUCUCCGAGGGCAACGAGACAGUGGAGGACAUCGCCUCCCGUCUCAAUAUCCCCGUCAGCCAGGUCAACCCCAGGGAUGCCAAGGCGUGUGUGAUCCACGGAACAGACCUGAAGGAUCUGUCUCAGGAUCAGAUGGAUGAGAUCCUGAGGAACCACACUGAGAUUGUGUUCGCCAGGACCUCCCCCCAGCAGAAACUCAUCAUCGUGGAGGGUUGCCAGAGACAGGGUGCCAUUGUGGCUGUGACUGGUGAUGGUGUGAAUGACUCUCCCGCCCUGAAGAAGGCUGACAUCGGCGUCGCCAUGGGGAUCUCCGGCUCAGACGUGUCCAAACAAGCCGCUGACAUGAUCCUGCUGGACGACAACUUUGCCUCCAUCGUCACCGGAGUGGAAGAGGGCCGUCUGAUCUUUGACAACCUGAAGAAGUCCAUUGCCUACACCCUGACCAGUAACAUCCCUGAGAUCACCCCCUUCCUCUUCUUCAUCCUGGUCAACAUCCCACUCCCCUUAGGGACCAUCACCAUCCUCUGUAUCGACCUGGGAACCGACAUGGUGCCAGCGAUCUCUCUGGCCUACGAGGCAGCAGAGAGUGACAUCAUGAAGAGACAGCCCAGGAACCCAGCCAGGGACAAACUGGUUAACGAGAGGCUGAUCAGUAUCGCCUACGGACAGAUUGGGAUGAUCCAGGCUCUGGGAGGGUUCUUCUCCUAUUUUGUGAUCCUGGCGGAGAACGGUUUCCUUCCCUCUUUAUUGGUGGGCAUCAGGCUAAACUGGGACGACCGUUCGAACAACGACCUAGAGGACAGCUACGGACAGCAAUGGACCUAUGAACAGAGGAAGAUAGUGGAGUACACCUGUCACACAGCCUUCUUUGUCAGUAUUGUGGUGGUACAGUGGGCUGAUGUCAUCAUCUGCAAGACGAGGCGCAACUCUGUCUUCCAGCAGGGCAUGAGGAAUAAGAUCCUGAUAUUUGGGCUGUUUGAGGAGACAGCUCUGGCUGCCUUCCUGUCCUACACCCCAGGCAUGGACGUGGCUCUCAGGAUGUACCCCCUCAAGCCCAGCUGGUGGUUCUGUGCGUUCCCGUACAGUUUCCUCAUCUUCGUUUAUGAUGAGAUCCGAAAACUCAUCCUGCGUCGGAACCCCGGAGGCUGGGUGGAAAAAGAGACAUACUAUUAAAUCAUCAAACCAUUCUUCUCUCCCCCUUCCUCCCCUAAAAUGCAUUCCCCUCUUCCUCUCCUCCCUACCCAUCCCUCUAAUCACAUACCAACCACACGAGAAACCACAUCUGAAAACUCCUCCGUUCCCCAUCCUGUAUGUUCCUCCAACAUCGCCUUGAGGAACAAAGAACCAACUACAGAGAAGGAGAGAAACGGGAUGAUCACGCCAAAUCCCUGCGCCCCUCUCUGUCUCGCUGACUUUUUUUUCUACCCAAAGACCACAGCAUAGUCAAUACUGUUUACUAUACUGUUAUAAUAACACUGUUCAUAAAUGUGCUAAUACACUAAUGUACAAAAUGCCGGUGUAACUCGUCUCUAUCAAUAACAAAAUGCCGGUGUAACUCGUCUCUAUCAAUAACAAAAUGCCGGUGUAACUCGUCUCUAUCAAUAACAAAAUGCCGGUGUAACUCGUCUCUAUCAAUAACAAAAUGCCGGUGUAACUCGUCUCUAUCAAUAACAAAAUGCCGGUGUAACUCGUCUCUAUCAAUAACAAAAUGCCGGUGUAACUCGUCUCUAUCAAUAACAAAAUGCCGGUGUAACUCGUCUCUAUCAAUAACAAAAUGCCGGUGUAACUCGUCUCUAUCAAUAACAAAAUGGCGGCUGCAUCUAGAUCCCACGGUGGAGCGCUGUGGCGUCGUUGUCACCCGUUCUACCCUGACGUCCCCUCUUGACACUCUCACUCCUUCCACCAAUCUUCGACUUAACGUUCCCCUGCCGCCACUCCCGUAAACGUGGAACACUCCCUCCCUCUACAGGGGGAAAAAAUGUCCCUCCUCCUUCCUGUUCCCCUCCCCUCCCUCUUCCUCCUGUUUUGCCAAUGUUGUUGUUUAAUAUUAGAAGACUGAGUGUUUUUUUUUAAAACAAUAUUUCAUAACAUUUCUGGUGUUUCUUUUUUUUUAAUGCUAGCAGCGGCUCUGAGAGCUACUUGUCUGUGAGAACUGUGCGACCUCCCCUGUCCUUGUAAACCCCCCCCCUCACUCCCCCCAACUCACCCCUUUUGAAAAAAAUAUAACAUUCUUUCUGUGUCCUAGGAGAAAGAGAUUUCUCUCCAAUUUCAUUAUUUAAAUAAGUGAAAAAUGCAAUUAAGCAUUGUACCGUACAUGCAAAACAGCAGCAAAACUAUUUAU